AUGUCGGCUCACACACAUUCCACGCGUAUCUUGGCCAUUGUUGCCAUCUUCUUCAGCAGUUACAUCGUUGGCAUUUACAGUGCGGCACGCGCUAGCCAUCAGUUGGCUCCACUGAAUGCGACUCACAAUGAGAGCAGCUCACUGGAUGCAGUGGAUGCCAAGGCCUCCUCAGAGACGAGCUUAGCUCGCAGCAGUUCGAGAAAUCCUCGCUGGUUUCCCUUCUACACAAUUGGACGCUUCUCCAAUGACAUUUGUUUGGGCAACAACCUGCUCAUGGGCACCUGCAUGAUAAACGGCGAGUGCACGGACAACAAGGGCGUUGCGGCGGGCAGUUGCUCCACAAUAACCAACCAAGCCGUUUGCUGCAUAUAUCAACGCACUUGUGGCGCGAGUACCAGCUACAAUAACACCUAUUUCUACAACAGCAACUACCCGGCGCCUUAUGCCGGCGGCGGACGUUGCACCAUUGUGGUGAAUCCGCCGGACUCGACAAUUUGUCAGCUACGCAUCGAUUUUAUGGCCUUGUCGCUGGCGCCACCCACUGGCGAUGGUUUGUGCACGACGGACGCGUUGACCAUAUCGGGUGGCGCCUCACAAGUGCCCACCAUUUGCGGCGAGAACUCUGGCCAGCAUGUCUAUGUGGACUUCAAUGGCGUCAGCCCCAUAACUAUUUCAGUGGCCACGUCUGCAGGUUAUACGUUCAAUCGUAAUUGGCAAUUGCAGCUACGCAUGAUGGCCUGCACCUCGGCUACGUUGGCGCCCUCUGGCUGUCUGCAGUAUCACAUGGCCUCCUCGGGUAAUAUUGCCAGCUUUAACUACGUUUCGGCGGCCUCCUCGGCGCUGAACUCCAUCGGAGUGCAGGGCACUAGGCAGCUGGCCAGCCUGCGCUAUGGCAUUUGUAUACGAAAGGCUACUGGGAUUUGCUCGAUCACGUACAGCCAGGUUGGGUCGGAUACGUAUUCCUUUACGAUGACCAACGAUGUCGGCGCUGUGGAUCCCACGCUGCUGGCCACAUCAGCGGUGCAGAGUCAAGACUGCACCACGGACUACAUCAUCAUACCAGCGCCCACGCAAGGCGGCAUCAAUAUGCCCAGCGAUAGAUUCUGCGGCUUGGGCCUAGUGCCCACCACAACAUCUGCGAAACCAUUUGUUGUCUAUGCUGUGACGGAUGCAAAUGAGGAGAUGGAUAUAUCGAAUCGAGGCUUCUAUUUGGCCUAUUCACAAAACGCGUGUCCCGUGCUGUAGUCGUAAAUGAUAUCAACUAUAAUAAAAGACUUUAAGAACAAUAAGAAUCACAUAGGAA